AUGGCAAGCAGAGGACACGACGAGAUCGAACUCUUCUUAAAAGAGCAUGGUAACCUCGCACCCAAAAGAUACAAAUACAGUGAUCUCAAGAAGAUGACCAACUCAUUCCGCGACAGCUUAGGAAGAGGUGGCUUUGGCAGUGUCUACAAAGGUAGGUUAGCCGACGGCGGUCUUGUUGCGGUGAAAACACUGAAUGUGCAGACAGAAUCGGACGGAGCUGAAUUUGUGAAUGAAGUGGCAAGCAUCAGUCGAACCUCCCAUGUCAACGUUGUCAAUCUAUUAGGUUUUUGCUUAGAGGGCUCCAAAAGAGCCCUCAUUUAUGAGUUCAUGCCCAAUGGCUCUCUCGAGAAAUACAUACGUUCAAAAUGUGUGUUGGGAUGGGAAAAAAUGUUUGGGAUCAUGCUCGGCGUAGCUCGAGGGCUCGACUACCUGCACCAGGGGUGCAACACGCGUAUUCUGCACUUUGAUAUAAAGCCCCACAAUAUCCUUCUGGACAAAGACUUCAACCCCAAGAUCUCAGACUUCGGACUGGCCAAGUUGUGCCCUAAUCGGUCAAGUGUGGUGUCAUUGUUGGUGGCGAGAGGGACAAUAGGGUACAUUGCCCCGGAGUUGGUCUGCAUGAACUUUGGGGACGUGUCGUACAAAUCAGAUGUUUAUAGUUACGGGAUGAUGGUUUUGGAAAUAGCUGUGGGGAAAAGAAAUAUUAAUUACCCUAGAGAUGUUAGUAGUUCGAGCGAAAUGUACUUCCCGCAUUAUAUCUAUAAACAACUCGAAGAGGAGGAGGUCAUAGGGGAUUGUGGGAUUGAUGAGAAUAUAACAACUAAUGAAGGUGGAGGUCAUCAGGACAUAUUAAUGAAGAGAAAAUUGAUCAUAGUUGGUUUGUGGUGUGUACAAACCAACCCAAAGGACCGGCCAUCGAUGAGUAAGGUGGUGGAGAUGCUGGAGGGGAAGCUUGAAUCUUUGGAGAUUCCACCAAAACCUUCCUUAUCUACACCACCACAAUUGACACUACAUUUUUCCACUUCAUCCCUUUGA